AUGUCUUUACCACAUAACGGAUCAACAGCACCUGCUAUAACCUCGCCUAUUCUCGCAUGGCCAUCUCGACCCACUACUCGACCAUCACCUUCGGCGUUAUCCACACCUUCAUCUUCAUUCGAUGAUUACUCAGCUUCAUAUCCUUCUCGUCAAGCUAGUUCAAGUACGACACCUUCAUCACCCACCGAAAGCAGAAAGAACGUCUCAUCCUCAUCAAAAAGCAAUGGGAAAGGAAAAGGAAAAGCUAUUAAUACACCUGAGCCUGAAUUACGUGUAUAUCCAUCAAUCACAUUCGGAGAUGAAAUCACUCAAGAUCACAAUGAAGAGAUAGAAAAACGUUACGGUCCACCUAAAAACCCAUUACCACCUCAUCAACUAGGUAGAAUAGCACAAUCAUUUGGUAUAAUAAUACCAAAUUUACCUCAACAUGAUCCAAAUACAUCUCCAAAUCCGAAUUUACAACGUCCAUCUCCAUCAAGUCCAUCUUCAUCUUCAGCCAUAUCACCUACCUUACUACCGAACCCGAGAGGGAGAUUAUCACCUUUAUUAAGUUCUCAACCUCCAACUCGGCCAACACCAUUCUUACUCUCUGUCAUACCGCCCUUAUGUCUCUUAUCGCCCAACCCAGCUGUAUCACCCGAACAAUCUCAUCAGAGGAAUAAGAAAUGGAGAAGAGGAAGAUUAUUGCCACUUCAGCCUACUUUAGGUUCGAUGUUAGUCUGUAUAGCGAGGGAAUAUGGGCUGCCCUCAACCAUUGGACUAGGUAUAUAUCUGGUCAUACCGGGAUCAGGCAGAAGACAGGGAUCGACUUCUUCUGCUGCUUCAACGUAUUCAUCUGAAGGAGACGAACCUUCCGGACCUCAGAUAUCAUCUUCCACUUGGUCAACCCUAUUCUCAGCACAUCUCAUGCCGACAUCUUCGGGAGGAACGAAUACACGAUCAUCCACACCCUCACAAACACCAAUGAAGAAUAGCGAUUCUUUUUCUUCAGAGUCCGCACUACAAUAUCCUCCCAGUCCCCUAUCCUUGGCAAAUCUGAAAUCAUCAUCUUCUCAUCCUUCCAGCUUAGGGCAUAAACCAAAACCUAGGUCAAUGUCAACAGAUCCACCUCCAGGUUUAACGCAUUCAUCACACCCAUCUAUAUCUUCUUCUUCCGCAAUUCUGCCUCCCACACUCGCAUCAGUAGGCACGAGUUUCUCCAUCUCUUCCACUCCCAAUCCGAUUGUAGGAACGAUAGAAUUCGACAUAGAUUUGGAUGAAGCUAGAUGGUUUGAAAAUUUCCAUAAAUCGGGUAGAAGUGGUAGACAUAAGAGAUCUCUAACAGCUGAUUCAGGAGGUAAUGGAAUAAAAGAGUUAUCAUUAGUAAAUAAAGUAACAGAUGGAAGACCUAGAUUCCUAAGAGAAAUGGAUACCAAUAGACCAUCACCUGAAAGAAAAUAUCUAAGAGCGAAUGACAACGACAACGUCAAAUCUACCAUAGCGACUUUUGACGAAUUUGCAGAUGGUGAAGAUGAUAUUGAUCAAGAGGAGAUGAUCAAUGACGGAAUUGGCCUUUUGAAACCGGAACCGCUGGAGGAUGACCUACUAGCGAGUCCCAUUAACUUGGCCCCAGAAGAGAAACUUGUAGAACUGGAUCAUUCGACAAGAUUAAAAGUUCAGGAGAUAUUGGAUAAAAGAGGUAGUGGUAUAGUCAUGGCUGAACAGCUGGACGAUCUUGAGAAAAUGAUGCGACAAUUGUCACCAAGAGAAAUUCGACUUACGUCACCUCGACUCUUGACCCCUCGUAUGGCUGCGAAAGUUGCCAACCUAACCUUACCAGCUGUGCCCAAACGGACUACAUCCAAAGCGACACCAUCUCCACUAGCGGGUGGUUUCACGUCUCCUAACUUGACGAUCGACCGAGAAAGCGAAAAUUCUGUGCCGAAUUCAGCAAAAUCAAAUGGUACCUUUGGAUCCACAAUCCAUGCUCCGACAUUGCCAGAAUCCGAAGAGGAUACUACCAAAUCUGUAGAGCAGAAAGGCUUUGCAAGAGAGGAUGAUGUACAACCACCUAAAGCUGCAUGGCCAGCUGUACCUCAUCAAUCGUCACCUGGAUCGCCAACGAUUCACGAGUAUAUUGCCAGACCACAAUUACCAACACCGAGAACCAGUCAAAGAAACGUUUCUUCUCCUGCAGCAAUAUCAACGGAAACCUUACAACGAAUGCAAUCUGAGCAAGAAAUCUCAACAGCUCCUCUAGUACUUUCCUCAGAAUGGAUACCACGUAGACCAGCUAGACCACCCUCACCUAAAUUAGAACAUCAACGCACAUUAUCACACACACUAUCACCUGAAUUAGUUGAUUUCCUCCAUCGUUCUCCACCACCUACUGCAAAUGUAAACAGUCAAAGUCCAGGAGGUGGACUGAGUGGUAAUGGUGGGAUCUCAUCACCUGAGGAAAAGAAACCACGUAGAUCAGGAAGUAUCAAAUUCAAAGGAUUGAGAAGUCAGAUGUCAGCUAAAAAUCUCAACGUAAUGUGGAAACAUGGGAAUGAUUCGAUGAUCAAUAACUCAACUCUAGCUUCGCCACCUCUGCCUCUGGCUUCUACUGUAGGAGGAAAAGAUAAUGUGACUGUUGGUCUAUUCAAGAAUGGUUUACCCAUUCCACCUGAAUCAGAAUCUACUUUCACAGGAUUAAGAGAAAACGGGUUUAGAAGUGUUUCAUCACCAAGUUCUAUCCCUACUUUAUCUUCCACUUCCAAUAUGACUGAUUUCGGUCCUCCACUUUCAACCCCUCAUGAAGAUCCAUCAAAUCCUACAAAUAGCGUUGGGAAUGGGAGUGGAAGUGGAAGUGGUAAAGGGAAAUUCGCUUCUAGGAUAUUUGGAUUUGGUAGAAAUCAUACCAAAUCCUCCAAGAGAAAUCCUUCAAUUGACGGAUCAAGUUCAAUCAAGAUUUCAGAUCCAAUAACUUCUUCUCUUGUACAUUCGACAUCGUUCGAGUCGCAAUCGCAAUCACAAUCACAAUCUCAAACACAGCAUAUUUCGUUAGGGCACGGUAGAGAUCCAUCACAUCAUGCUAUACCACCACCACCGAUACCACCAGCAUCUCAAUCGACUGUCGGUACUGAUAAUCCAGCCAGUCCAAGAAGUAUCAAACGAAAACCAGUACCUGGAUCUCAUCCAAAUCCGUCAAAUAACGAUCAUAAUGAUAACUUAGUCAAAAACAGUAUGAGUUUAAAUAGCAUGAAUAGUUUCGUGCUUGAAGAUGCGCCAAAAGGUAGAAGAGGUAAUGGUAAUGUAAUGUUAGGACAAGCUCAAUAG